GAAACGAUGAAUAAGUCAGGGAUAUCUACAGUAACCCAGUUUGUACUACUGGGCUUUCCUGGUCCCUGGAAAAUGCAGAUCCUCUUUUUCUCGAUGGUUUUGUUGCUCUACAUCCUGACUCUGACUGGGAAUAUGGCCAUCAUUUGUGCAGUGAGAUGGGAACCACGACUUCAUACACCUAUGUACAUACUUCUGGCUAAUUUCUCUUUCCUAGAGAUCUGGUAUGUGACCUGCACCGUUCCCAACAUGCUGGUUAAUUUUCUUUCCAAAACUAAGACCAUUUCCUUCUCGGGCUGUUUCACUCAAUUCUACUUCUUCUUUUCCCUGGGCACAACUGAAUGCUUCUUCCUCUGUAUCAUGGCUUACGACAGAUACCUGGCCAUCUGCCGCCCACUGCACUAUCCUUCCAUCAUGACUAGGAGGUUGUGUGGCAUGCUGGUGUGUCUUUGUUGGCUCAUUGGUUUCCUUGGACAUUUGAUUCCCAUUUUUUUCAUUUCCCAACUACCUUUCUGUGGUCCUAACAUCAUUGAUCACUUCUUGUGUGAUGUGGACCCACUAAUGGCUCUGUCCUGUGGCCCUAAACCCAUCAUAGAGCAUAUAUUCCACUCUGUGAGUUCUCUUUUUAUCAUUCUGACUGUUUUCUACAUUCUUGGGUCUUAUACCCUGGUGCUCAGAGCUGUUCUUCAAGUCCCUUCUUCAUCUGGUCGGCAAAAGGCCUUCUCUACCUGUGGAUCCCACCUGAUGGUGGUGUCUCUGUUCUAUGGAACCAUAAUGGUGAUGUAUGUGACUCCCACAUCUGGCAAUUCAGUUGCCAUGCAGAAAAUCAUCACACUGAUAUACUCCGUAGUGACACCAGUCUUAAACCCCAUCAUCUACAGCCUACGCAACAAGGACAUGAAGUAUGCCCUCUAUCAUGUCCUUUGUGGAAUGAGAAUUAUCCACAGUUCAUGA